CUCUUUUUCUCUUGGGUUCUUCUAUCCUUUAUAAACAGCAAAAAAAUGAGCGAAGAAGGAGGCAUAACGACUUUUUGUAUUGAAUACGCCAAGGUGGAUAAAGCCGACUGUACACAAUGUGGCAAGGUUAUUCCACGCCAUUCGUUACGGACAGGCGAGAUCUUUCGGAAAAGCAAAUCAGAAAAGAAAAAGUCUGCAAAGCAUAGUUGGUACCAUUUCCGUUGCUGGAAAGUACCCGAGUUAAUUGUAAAGUUACCGAUCGAACAGUUUCGAGGAUACCCAGCUUUGAAAGAAAAGGAUCAAAAGAAGGUGCAACGCGUGAUUGAAAAAGGAGUGGGAGCAGUAUGGUCGGAUGUUAGCGAAAAGCCAUUACCGCCCAAGGAUCAAACGGAGAUUGACGACGACGACGCGGCAUUGGAGCCAGUACCUAAAAAGCAAAAGGAGGAGGCAGAAAAAAAUAAAAAGACGACGCCAAAAAAGAGAAAGCAGGACCAUGACGAUUUGACAGCUCAAUUGACAGGAGUACAGCAACCACCGCCGUCGUCCAAGAAGAGCAAAAAGGGUGGCAAGCAUGCUGCUAGUAGUAGUAGUAGUAGUAGUAGUAAAAAUGACACCAAGCAGCUAGAAGAAGUCAUCACAUUGGCCAAAGACGAUCAACUUGAGCUUGAAAGCAUCGCCAAGGAAAUCCAGAAAUUAACAAAGAAGAAAAAGUAAUGUAUGUACGUGUAUUAUGUAUAUAAGAAAUAAGGAAUUUUGGAGUAUAUGUUAUGUACUUUUGUUGGUUAUCUACGCUUGUAUGAUACAGUUUCGAAUCCAUCGUCGUCGAUCUCGGGUUCGGGUUUUGAUGGACGAGGUGGUCCGUUGUCGUCUUGAUCCAUAUCCUAGUUGACAAGUGUCAAAGGAGCUAUAUUUAAGGAGAGGAAAAGAAAAAAAAAGGGAGAUUGCUCUCUUACCACAUCAUCAUCAUCGCCAUCGUCUGGUCCUUCUUCUCCACUACUGUCAUUGUCAUCCUCGUCGUUAUUCUGUUGUUGCCGAG